GGGUCAAUCUCGAGUUCCCUUCGGCGAACUGAAACCGUUGCCGAUUCCUCGGGCACGACGCCUCUCCAUUGCUAUGGACGUGACAGGCCCGUUUCCCCACGAUCGCCACGGCCAUGACGGUAUUCUCACGGUCGUUGACCAUUGGAGUAAGUAUGCUCGUUUUCUUCCUUGCAAGUAUCAUGCUGUAGCGCCUGAGCUCGCACGACUCUUGCACACCGGUUGGAUUACCAACCAAGGUGUUCCGAAAGACAUAGUGAGCGACCGAGACACUCGCUUCAUGUCAGCCUUUUGGACUUCUCUCAUGACGGAGUCCGGCACGACAAUGAAGCCGAGCUCGGCUCGGCACCCACAGACGGAUGGUCAAACGGAGCGAGCACACCAGACCGCUCAGAGGAUGUUGCGUACGCUCAUCCGUCCCGACCAGAAAGAUUGGGUUGACCGGCUUCCCGACAUCGAGUUCCCCUACAACACUUCGGUGCACCCGGCGAUCUGCGUCACACCAUUCGAGCUACAUCAUGGUGGAGAGAAAGCACGGAUCUUCGCUGAUCUCCUUUUGCCACAGGUUGCCGACAUAGACGUCCCUUGCUCUUCCGCUUCUGUCAGGAAGUAUCGAGACUUGUUGAUCAAAGCCCGCGCGAAUAUGCAAAAGGCUCAGGUCCGCAUGCAGCAGCAAGCUAACCGACGUCGACUUCCAUGUCCUUUCCGCGAGGGAGACCUCGUUUGGGUCCUCUCCGAGGAAUUUGCGCUCGAGCAGGAUGUUUCGCGCAAACUCCUUCCGAAAUGGUUCGGACCAUGGGAAGUCACUUCUGUCGUUGGAGACGACCCCGCCGGUCCUUCCUUCGUGAUCAACAUUCCACCGCACCUAACAGUGCAUCGGGUCUUCCAUGCAUCGAAGUUGGCCAUCUACAUGCCACCUCCAGCUGACGAAUUCCCCGGACGUCGAUCACAGGAUCCGCCUUCUAUGGACGGACAUCAGGAAGUUGACCGAGUCAUCACGCACCGCAAGUAUGGCAACAAGCCAAGGCAGUACAAGGUCACAUUCAAGCAUUGUGCGCCUGAUGACACUCGGUGGAUCUCCAGUGAAGAUUUGAAGACUUCUGCACCCCUCAUCUUCGCAGACUAUGAGAAGCGACGCCUUGCUAAGGACACAGCUCGUCCCGCCCGACCCACCCCGGUAUCGGACAGACAACUUCGCCCUCGCAGACGGAAUGCCAGCAGCACGGAGUCCUUGAUUGCUUGUGAGCAUCAGUGGACGACGAUACUCCAAGACAUGAUCUUUGUGCCUACAGAAGCGCAGGCAGACCCGACACCGGCGGAGGCAGAGAGAAGUAACCUGGCUAACUUGCUGCUGGGCAUGAUGAGAGCUAUUAUGUGGAAUAAUACACUGCUGCAUUCACAUCUGCGCACGAACGCGACGCAGCGACAAACUUACAAGAACGAUAUGACUACGUUAACAACUGCUAUCCGCACAGAGGCAACGCAGCAGCAGCAACAGCAUCAUCUGUUGAAUUCCACUAUCACACGCGUCAACAACAUAGAGGCUAACGCCUCAGCAGCGCCAGGCUGCACGACAGACGUGACGAAGCAACUCAACGAGCGCAUUGAUCACGUCGUCACCAUCAUCGGCGACAUAAGUACUUUCAACGGACCAGACUCGAUCAGCAGCACGGUGRCCGCCAUCAAGACGGACAUCACCAAGCUACARWCGAGACCGGAAGCCGCUACAAAGACGUUCAAGAUGCCGCACUUCGACAUCAGCAAGUUCGACGAUUACAACAAGUCGGACGCCUUGUCAUGGUGGCAACGCUUCCUCACGGAAGCAUCAUGCCGCAUGGUACCGGCGGACGACAUGUUGAAGGCACUAUAUCUGCAGCUGAUUGGAGGAGCGCAGGGAUGGAUGAACCACCUAGCGGCUACACACAAGUGCACUAUCGCCGAACUCCACACGCACAUUACGUGGAAGGAGUUCGAGCAGCUAUGGUUCACCCAGUUCAUGGUCCGCAACGUCGUGAAGGCGGCCAUGAAUGAGGUGUACACAUGCUCUCAAGGGAACAUGCCGACUCGAGACUGGACAACGAAGUGGCAAAAGAUAGUGACCACAGCAGGCUUCGACUUCACGUUUCCAAAUCAACGAUCCGAGUUCUUCUCACGAUCGUGCGCGGGAUUGCGGUCGGCACUCGGUAAUGAGUACGACUAUACCACAUUCCAGGCCAUUCUGGAUCGAGCAAACUUGGUCAUCCAAACGGACGACAAGGCCGCUAACGAGAGACAAUCCCAGUCGCACUAUGUGGCUAAGCAGGCCUAUCAACAUCCGGCACAUAACAAUGCCGUAGUUUCUGAGGAAAUCGACGACCACCACGCUGCAGCAGCAUCCUCGAGUGAUGGAGGAAUUGUCGCAGCGCUCCCGCCGAAGCAUCCGAAGAGAGUUCGCAAGAACAAGGCGACACAAGGGACAGCGGCGACGGGAGCUGGGCAGCAGCCAUGGACGGCUUAUAAGAUCACCAAGGAGGUCUAUGACCUAUGUCAGAAAUACGCAUACUGCGUAUGGUGCAACAGUGUAGUACACACUACCGCACAAUGCCCGGACAAGGGCGAGGCACGCGUACCCCGUCCAGCCAACUCGGGAAACUGAGUUACGCAAGGAGAGGGGCGACGUCUCUCCUCACUCUGCCGGAGCCGGUUGCCUUGCUAGCAAUCGAUGUCA